AUUGGUUCAACUGGUAUCGGAUUUUAGGUUUUACUAGAUUUUUGUGGGUUUUUAAAUAUUGGAUUUUUAAAAAAAUCCAAACCGGAUUUUUUCUGGAUCACCGGAUUUACUGGUUCGACCCGCGAUUGGAAGCGAUUACAACCGGUAAAGUCCAUCUCAAUAUCUUAAUCACGUAUCAAUUCAACUAAGCGAGAUUCACUUUACGGGCCCAAAAAAAGAUUCUAAACUGUUUAUUUUAUAUUUUAGCGCACUAAUACUUGAAUAUGGACCAGAGACUUGAGUUCGGUUGGGCUUUUAAAGUUUCAUGGAGCUCCGUGCCACGAUUCAAAUCAUAAUCUGCCAACGGUCGGCUAGUUUCCUUCAUUACAGAUUACACAAUCCAAAACGAAACAAAAAUAUAAGUUUGUCUUCUGACGGAAAAAUGGUUGUCGCCAAACAGUCUCCUUACGAAGAGUUUCGACUUAGAAGAGUGGAAGAGAACAAAAAACGAAUGGAAGCUCUGAAUCUGCCAAAUCUCUGCCAAACUCUCCGUUUAACUUCUGUCAAAACUUCUCCGAUGAAAAAAUCAAAUCUGGCAAGAGAGAAACAGCUCGUGGUUGUUCGUCGAUCUAGCCGUAUCUCAAAUGCUUCUUCUUCUUCUCCUGUUUACAAAGAAGUUGUUGUUCAACGAGUGCAUCUACCCAGAAGGGUGUCCAAGGGGAGAGAUUUGUCGAAUCGAGUUUAUGUUUCUGAAGAAAUAAGAGAAGAGGCCUUUUCAAAAGCUGAGAAGUUGCAGGCUGAUUUGCGGAACCGCUUCCCAAGUUUUGUAAAAUCCAUGCUUCAGUCACAUGUUUCUGGUGGAUUCUGGCUGGGUCUUCCAGUUCAUUUCUGCAGAUCUGAACUGCAGAAACAAGAUGGUGUCAUAACACUGAUUGAUGAAGAAGGCGAGGAGUUUGAGACCGUGUACUUAGCGAAAAGGACUGGACUUAGUGGGGGAUGGUUGGGUUUUGCGGUUUCUCACAACCUAGUAUAUGGUGAUGCACUUGUCUUCGAGUUAGUUCGUCCUACCGUCUUCAAGGUUUACAUUACAAGAGUUAAAAGUUCUGGAGAAAGCCCAAAGAUGUGAGGUGUGUGAUCUGUUAGGAUUUUGGGAGAUGACUAGUGUUAGAAGUUUACCCUUUUGUAUGUAAGCUGUUAAUUCUACGCUAGUUAUGAAAGUGUUGGUGUGUGCUCAAGGCUGUUAUCUGAUACAUCUUUUAUUUACAGUAUUUUGGAAGUGGUUGUUUCUUUUACACAAGUCUAAAAUCCUUGAAAUUUUAGGAAUGAGCAAUAACACUAAAUUUAGUUUUAUUUGUGAUGCAUUAUCUGAUGUUUAAAUUUUGAGUUUCUCAAAAUGAAUUCUCAAGAAGUUAAAUUACUCUUUUCUAAAUGAUUUUAACGGCGUUAAUAACCAAUCUUUUUAAGUGACCGUAGCCCACCUAUCUUUUAAUAUUUAACCUUUCCACCUCAGUUUCACUCAUUUUCUGUAUCAAAUAAUUGAAUUUCGUCCCUUAUCGUUUAUAAACUAGUACAGCGAAACGAUGAGUUCCAUAAAGAGUAAUAAUCCCCAUGUUAGAAGCUGCAGAAAUAACACUUUAGGAGGCUAGAAAACCAGAUAGUGAUUACUGAUUAGGUAGAAACAUUUUUAGAAACUAGUGUUGUCGUCUCUUUGCUUGGUGAUCCUUUUCUUAAAGAAAAUUUGGUGAGAAACCAUUUUUUGCAUUAUGAAGCUAUUUUCUUCUACCAUUGGGAAGACCUGUCGUCCAAACUUGAUGGUUUUGCAAAGCUUCUGGAACUGAUAAAGGUGAGCUAUAUAUCGCAUGUUUAGUGACAAAUAAUUAAUGAUGGAAGAACAAUCAUAACCCUUGUCACUUUACUAGUUAUCCAAUUACGCUAAUCUAUUUGUUAAUUAGACAACCAAUGAGAAUUCACAUCAAAUUGUUACAGAAGAGAAACUAAUUUGGGAUUGUUUCAAACAUUAUCAUAUAACUUUCAGACAUGAAAAUAUUUUAUAUCAAGUCAAAAGAUUCUCUAAGGAUCUAACCAUAAUACAAUCAAUCACUAAUCAAACCAUCCUAAUAUUCUAAAACUCCAAUCCAUAUAUACCAACGACAACUACAAGCACAUGGAAUGCAAAACCAAAGCAAACAAAGACAACAAACUAUGCAUAACUGCAUAAUUGUAUUUCAAACUAUGAGAUGUUUUAAACCUAUAUUCAAACUUAGGAAAACUAAAAUUAAGGUUUUAGUGUGCUUAUAAUUGUAUUUUGUAUAGUUUAAGAAACAAUCCCGUUUGGCCCAUGAGAACUAGGUCAAAAAGAAAGUAAUAUAAAUGCACGCAUAAUCAGUCAUUUGGCCAACCGUGUGAACAUCCGUGUGUCACAUUAAGAUUUCACGCGUGAUCAGUGUCCUGGUCAAUCAUGUGACAUUUGAAACUUCUUGAGAUUUGCACAAAUGAUCAGUCCACACGAUCAUAAUUAUGGUCUGUCUUGUGAACAUCUGCGCCAUAGGCACCUCUUGUUUUGUUUACACUGUAAUCGGUUGGAGAAUUUUCAUGUCCGUUCAUUGUUCAUAAUAUAUUUGGGCUUCAUGUUUGGCCUUUCUGUUUACUCAAAAAUUUGAACCCAAAAGUGACAAAAAAUAAUUAUUCUUGGACCCGUGGAUCCUGGUACAUGGUUCAACACAUUGUUUCAAUUAGGAAUUCUGAAGACACUAUCUUACUAAUAAGUUAAUGAAACUUUUGUGGUUGGUAGAUGGUAGUGUCUCCGUCUGAAAAAAAUUGUCAUAAUAAAACCAAUAAAAUUCUUAAGAUAUGGUCAUCGCUUUUGAUUACACUGAUCACAUUACAAAUUUUUUUUUAUCAAACGUUUUUUCUCAAGUCUAUCAAUAGAUUUAGAUGUUUGAUUAUAAAAUCUUUAGCAAGCUGUUGUUACAAAAAAAAAAAGCCAACUGCAUAAUAGAAAAAUGAUAUAAAUUUUUCACUCCACUAACUUAACACUUAAACAUCUAUAUAUAAUAGCAAACCCAUUUUUUGUUCCCUCUGAUCUCAGCAUUUUUUUAUAGGAAAAUAAAAUGAAGGUUUAACGGUUCAGAUUGAUUCGGUAUCUAAUCCAAGGAUCAUGUUCUUUCUAGGUGAUGCCAUCUAUUUAAAACAGAAUUUAAUCCAAUGGCUGAGAUUAGCAUACCCUUAAAUCCACGGGUCGAGAUUAGACUUACCUUUUGUAACCGACGCUAACGAAGCUUUGCGUCCGUAGUGAAACAUUGUGUCUGUUAAUGAAGUUGUGACCCAGGGUUCGAAGCUCUUCCUCUGUUUAUAUUUGAUAACCAAUUUGCUAUUCCUCCUUUUUCACUAGUCCUGAUUCUUGAUUCGUUUUUUAUAUUAUAGAAAUUGUAUCUCCCGUCAUCCACCAUUCACAAUUAUUGUGUUUGAUUAUUUGACAUUCUCGAUCAUUGGAGCUUUGUUUAUGAAGGUCCAUCAGACGAGAUUCCAACACCAAGAUUGAGGCUGAUGGUGUCUGUUUCAUCUGGUCUGAACCGAGGCUUGGUGUCAUGAUCGCUGCUAGACUUCAAAGUGGGGUCAUCGUGAUUGUGGUUACCGUCGUAUGUUGUUAUUACAGCUUUUGGAUCAUCUGAUGCCUCUCCACGUGUUUUGUCACUGGGCAUCCAGGGAAUGUGCACUUGUAGUAGCUCCUCCAAAAAGCCAAAGGAACAUUACAAAGGAUGAUAUCUCCCAUAUUCCAAACCCAGUUCCAAAGGGAAUCAAGACUUUAAGAAGAAAGAGGUUUGUGGUUAUACAAGUUUUGCUUGUGUAUGUUCACUUGAGAAGAAAGAGGUUUGUGGUUAUACGAACCUGGGAUUUGGUUUCCCCUUACGACUUUCUGCCCAUACUUGGGCCACAUAUAACCAUCAUACAGUAUGUCAACCUCACUCAGAGUUUGAAAAACAACCCGAGUCUCCCGAAUAUGAUUCACAAGUGUUGUUAUUUCCAUGGUGUCCCAUCCAGCCUCCUGCAAAAAGUUAUAAGAAAGUUUGAUCAUGCCAAAUCACUGUUUCAAGGCAAGCAUCAUCGUCCUGGUUCUCUUUAUUCUUAUCUGACACUGCAACUUCACCACCACAGUCAGUUGUCUUUUGGGAAUUGGAACUUUUCACGAAUGUACCUAUUGUUCGUCACUCUCGCAUUCUCAUUCGUCAGCAUUCACUUAAAUAUAUAACCAUUCACCAAAGAGUGUGACACAUUAAGUAUUAUAAUCAGACAAAAUACCAUUCAGUAAGAAUUCUAUAUUGCUAAAAUUUAAAUGAAUUGUUGUAAUAAUUUACAGCAACCAAACAAUUGCAACUAUAUAAACGAUUGCAAUCUUUGGUGACAUAACUCUUUGCUAACCAUUAUAAUUAUUGUUGUUAAUAAUUAUAGUUCUUGAUUAACCAUCACAACUAUUGGUGUUACCAUUGCAACUAUUGGUGCUAACUAUUAUAAGUUUAGAAUAACUAUUGCCCCUGUUGGUUGCGAUUUUGAACUCUCUAUAUAAAAAGUUGUAAGACAUUAGCAUAUGUAAAAAAAUAUUAGAAUCUAAUUGUUAGAAAGAGAGAAUGAUUCGUUGUUCAAAAAUCUUAAAAGAUCUAUGAAAAAACAAGUAUAAACACAAAAAAAAAAAUAUUUGUUAGUCUUGUAUCUUAAUUUAAGAAAAGAAGAACACUUUGAUUUUCUUAUCAUACAACUGGAUUUAGUGUAAUUCAAAUCUUCAAAUCAUGCAGUUCAAACAUUAUUCAAAUUACGUGACCACAAUCAUGAACAAAUUGUCUGAGGUUAUAUUUCCAAAAUAUAGUAGAUUUUUUUUUGGAUGGAGCAUUAUGUUGUUAUAAGAUUUUAUAAAUAAACUUUUUUUUUCUUUUCAAAAUACAAAACAAAAACUAAAAGUAAAAGAAACAUAAUAUAAUAUGAUAAUCUUGAUCCAACAAAAAUUGAUAAAAUAGUGCGAUAAUGUGAGUGUGAAAAAUUGCUUUUAAAUAGUGUUUUAAUUUUUUAAAUAUAUGCUUCUUUAAAUAGUUUAUUCUACUUCUGUUUGAAUAUCUAAGAUACUUUAUCUAACAAUUGUGAAGUUUGGUAUAUAUUUCUUAAAUUUUAUAAUACAAUAUAAUUGGUUAUCUGACGAAAUGCGGUAAUGUUAAUGAAAAUAAUAUAGCUUAAAAUUAACAAUAAAAUACAAAAUUUGAGUUAUUACAUAAAAAACAUAUCUCUAAAUUGAAACCAAAAAUGCAUUUAGAAUUAACAAAUUGUAAGUUGUACUUCUAUUUUUGUCAUCUUUAAGUUGUACUUCUAUCGGUGUCAAUACUUUCGUGGUUCUUAAGAAAAUAUAAUUUAAUGGUUUAGAUUAAUAUAAUAAGUGUGCAUAAUUUAUGUAGGGUUCAUAUUGGAAAAAAAAAGAAGGCAUACUUUUAUUGAAAUAGUUGCAUUUCUUACGAUUACUUUAUUCUUUUGAUUAUUCUAUAAUACCCAAUUCUUACAAAUAUAUAUUUAGAUAAAUCUAUGCAACCGUCUUCUGCUGUUUAACAUUAUAUCUCUGUAACCGUCUUCUGCUGUUUAAUCUUCGAUAAAUCUUAUUACAACAUAUAUUUUUACCUCCAUAAAAAUAUAUGUUGUAAUAAGAAAAUUACAUAUCUAAAAAUCUUUUUCCGGUAAUUUUAAGGUGAACAUUGAUUCUUUUAUUUGUAAUUGUCAACGGAUUUGUUUACAAGUUUCUAUUUUUUCUAAAAACAAUUUGUAGAUCAAUAGAACACCUCUUCAAAUUUGUUUGUUCUUCUUUUGAGUUAACACUCGAUAUUUUAUCUUUUUCAUAAAUCCCUUGAUUGAUCGGUAUUUUGAAAUAAAAGAAAACAAAACAAAAGUGAUUCCCGUAAUAGCGGCGAGUAUAAUGUAGACUUAACUUGUGUAUAACAAAAAAAUAUUUAAUAAAUAAUAAAAAUAAAUAACUAAUUUUUAUAAAGUAUUUAUAAAUAAAUUUGUUGUGUAUACAUUUUUAAUAUUAAACAAUUUAAAUUUUUCGUAAAGAAUUUAAUAGAUCCGCGCGAAUGCGCGGGUUUGUUUCCUAGUAGAUAUAAAAAAAUAUGUUAACUAAAAGAAGGUUCACGUCUAUAGUCAAUAAAUUUUUAAGAUUUAGUUUUCUAAAUAUUUAAUCUAUGAGUAGUAAUAUACUAAAAAAAUAUUAUAUGCACCACAUGAAUUAUAUUAUAAUAACUUCCGAUCCAACAAUAUAAAGAGUAAAUUGAGUGUUAAUUUAAACAUAGAACAAUAAUGUAUAUAAAUAUAUAGUUUCACAUUUUAUUAUAUUCUAAAAUAAAAAAAUUUCUUUACAGAUACAUAUCAUUUAAAAAAAAUUUAGUAUUUACCAUCAAACAAUAUAUUAUUUAAAAUUAUAAUAUAUUAUUCAACUAUAAUUUCAUAGCAACAAAAAAUUCCACGUAACUCAAAUCAUAUGAUUCAUAUACAACAAAUGCGUUUCAAUAGCAACACACAAACAUAAUACAACCCUCCUAAACCAUAACAUCUAAACGUUUCAAUAUAGUGACAAUAUUAAACUCAACACAUCAGAUAAUAUCUAAGUACAUAAAUACAUCAAAAUACAAUACAUAAACUACAUUUCUUUAAGAAAAAACACCAUAAACACAGAA